AUGUCCGUCUUGGAUAGGGUAGCCUUCAACAUACUCUUCAGGGAUCAGAAGAAAAGGCUUGAUCAAUUCCUUCGCACUACCACACCGGAUUCUGUGCUUUCACAGCUACAUACCUGUCUACUCCAAGAAGAAAGCACCACAGUGACACCACGGGAUAUCUUUUACACAUAUAGCAUUCAAGGCUCGUCCCAGGAGCAGCCUUACUGGACGAAAAAGAGCUUUCAAAGUUGCCUUGCUAGGAAUCAUCCGGAUACCACCAUCCCGCAGACAGCUAUUGAUGUCCUCUGGUCUUGCUUCUGCUUCUAUGCCUAUCACCCGUUCCCACUCAUCGGAGCAGACGACAGAAAGCUAGAGCUGCCAGCCUUUGAGCGUGCGCUGAUCCUGCUCUCUCUUCAAGGCACAAAGCUUCUCGGGAUCGAAGACGACGGCUUCGGUCGUCGCUGGGGGACUUUCCGGGAGAAAUGUAACUGCAGAGUUAGGAUUAAUCGGAUCUUUCGAAGCAUCGGCCUCGGUAGUUCUCAGCCAACUUCACCUCCACACGCCACUAGUUUCGACACCCUCGUUACCGAAGAUGUUAUCGAUGCUAUGCUUACAAUAUGUCCUUCCCAUCCCAAAUUGUCUGCAGACCCCGAGAAGCUGACGCCGCUGGCGGAACGCUUACUCGAAGGGAGGACAAUCCAGUUUCAGAUGAAGGUCAAAGACUUGGCUCAUUUACUCUGCCUGAUCAUGAGACUAAGAGUCUACAGAACGACUUGGGGUCGCGGCUUUCACUACGGUUCCUUGGAAGAGCCUAGCCCAGAGAAGGAAGAACUGGCUAACAUCCUGGCCCAAUCAUUCAGCCAUGACCAGGACGAGUCCCUGUCCCCUGACUUGGUUCUCGAGGCUCUGGGCAUUUUGCCAAAUCUAGAGCAAUGGUUCCAUCAGCUUUGGGCAACACUUUUCCAACCUUCCCUGCCCACCGAGUUAUCAACUUUAGAGACGGAACCAUCCCCAGAUUCCAUUUGGGAUGGACUCCUUCGUGCAGUCUCAUUGUUCGUCCCACCGUAUGAGGCGCAUCAGAGAACCGAUUUGCAUCGAAAGACUAAGCCGAUCGUCUUUUCCAAAUGUCAUGACUCGACAGACAGGUUUGAUCUGGGCGAUGUAUUACAGCAUAUUCGUCAUGACGAUCCGAAGCAUCGGUCGCAUCUUGUACUUCUCCUGGGACACCAAGGCCAGGACUCGACGAGAGUAGUUGUGGGGGCAUUCUUCUCUGGCGAUACGCAGUCGCCUGCUGCAAACGAGGAAAGGGAGAGUAUCGCCCUUCCGCGCCUUCUCUUCCAGCUUCAGCCAAGCUUCGAUCUCUUUCACUUGGGUGGAAAGGGCAUCAGGGCUUUAAUGCCCGUAAAUGAAAGUGACACAGAAAAGACGGACUAUCAUAAUUGCUUGGGGGAACUCGCUCAAUCGAAGGUGGGAGUGAGGAUUGACCCUGCCACCAGUCACGCUACCUUUUUCCGGGGCAAUAAUCCGGCCAGGAAUCGGGUAUCAGGACCGUAUGAAAAGGUUAUGAUGGUAUGGAAGGAAGAAUAUGCUUCUCCCACGAGUUCUGCUACAAGUCUAGACUGA